AUGGAUUGGGAUAGUAUUCGAAUUAGCAAAGAGAAUGUGAGCUGGCACAAGAUUAUUUGGUUCCCUUCUCAUAUUCCAAAAUUUUCCCUUAUCGCGUGGAUGGUUACCCUCGAUAAGCUGCCAACUAAGGACAGGCUUGUUCCUUUUGGUUUGGAUAUUGAUGAUGUAUGUAUGGUAUGUGGUUCUGGCAGGGAAUCACAUGAUCAUCUAUUUGCUGACUGCCCUUAUGUUAAGGAUGUUUGGAGUGCUGUUCUACGGCUGUGUGGGAUUCGCUGUGUGGAUUUCAGUUGGGAUCAGCGCCUUAAUUGGUUGAUCGAGAACUUGAAGGACAAAACCCUUCGCAGUCGGAUCCUUAAGCUUGCUUGGACCGGGUUCCUUUAUUAUAUUUGGGAAGAAUGCAACCACAGGCAGUUUCGAGGUCUUUCAAGCGCUAGUGAGGUAAUUGUAAUAGAAUAA